UAUCGGGAUGUAAAUGAAUCGUCGAGGGCAUAGCAAACCAGUCUCGCCUUGGUCGAAGGAGCCAAGAGGGAAAGAAGGCGGGAAAGGCCAAGAAGAAAUUGUUUUUAAUGACGACUCGGAUCGCUCCCGGCGUGGGUGCGAACCUCCUCGGCCAGCACUCUGCCGAGAGGAACCAAGAAGCCACAACCUAUGUCGGCAACCUCGAUCCCCAGAUUACAGAGGAGCUAUUGUGGGAAUUAUUUGUUCAAGCAGGGCCAGUUGUUAAUGUUUAUGUCCCAAAAGAUAGAGUGACAAAUCUUCACCAAGGAUAUGGAUUUAUAGAGUUCCGAAGUGAAGAAGAUGCUGACUAUGCAAUCAAGAUCUUGAAUAUGAUUAAACUUUAUGGGAAGCCUAUUCGUGUGAACAAGGCCUCCCAAGACAAAAAGAGUUUGGAUGUUGGGGCAAAUCUUUUUGUUGGAAAUCUUGAUCCGGAUGUUGAUGAGAAACUUCUCUAUGAUACUUUCAGUGCAUUUGGAGUAGUGGUCACUAAUCCCAAGAUAAUGAGAGAUCCUGAAACUGGGAAUUCAAGAGGCUUUGGUUUUGUGAGCUACGAUUCAUUUGAAUCAUCUGAUGCAGCAAUAGAGGCCAUGAAUGGCCAAUACCUUUGUAACCGCCAAAUUACAGUCUCAUAUGCGUACAAGAAGGAUACAAAGGGUGAACGCCAUGGAACACCAGCAGAGAGAAUUCUUGCUUCAAACAAUCCUGGGACGCAGAGAAACCGGCCUCAUACCUUAUUUGCCAGUGGUCCACCCUCCCUUCCUGGAUCCCAAGCAAAUGCCUCCAUGAGUGCACCUAUCCCUCCUCGACCUUUUAUCAAUGGCCAGAUUCCACCUGCUCCAGUAUUAACGGUUCGACCUCCGCCGCCACCUCAAGGCGGGCAAUUUCCCCCUCCUAUGCAUAUUCAGAUGCAGAUGGCGGCAGCGCCAUGGCCCGGUCAGCCACAGCAACCAGGCCAAGGCAUUGGUCCUCCAGCAAUGCAACAACAUCAAAUGCAAAUGCAAUUUAGGCCUCCGAUUCGACCUCCACCCCCUAAUAUGGUGCCUCCAUCUAAUAUAAUGCCGCCUCCAUCAUCAGCUAUGAUGAGGCCGCCGCCGCCUCCUUCAGGAAUGGUUGUGCCGCCACCUAUGUGGAGGCCGCCGCCACCACCUCAGCAGCAAGUGAUGGGCAGACCUAUGCCACCUCCAAUGUCGAUGCCUCCGCCGCCGCCACCACAAUCCUCCCUUCCUUGAAAUGCAAGGUGAUGGAGUAGGUUUUACUAGAAUGGAUAUCGGAGUACCAACAAUUUUCUUGAUGAGGGUGAAUUGGAGUUAAAAUGUUUCUUAGAUGGGAAUGGAGUCUCUUGUCAAAUUAACUGAUUCCAGCGGGAAUGUGUAACUUCUUGGAAGCUAUAUGGUGAAACAUGUACUAGCACCUGUUGCUGUAAUCCUUUUCUUAAAAAAUACUUGUUCUUCAUUUUGUUA